AUUCUAGUUCCUCCACCUUUUAAGUAAUUCGAGGCAUACAUAAAUUUAUAUAGAAAGUAAACAGAUUUUAUUUUUUGCACAUUUUUUCACCUGAAGAAAUCUUUGCUCUUUCAACCGAAAGACUACCAAACAGAGUAAGAAAGACGGGUGGUGCAAAGUUAAAGAGAACACAAAAGGAGGAUUAGUCAACACAUAGUGCAAGAUAUGAGAAACAGGCAAAGGUGAAUAAAAUCUAGUGCAAUAUUAUAUAUGAUCUACUUUUUAAAGUUUCCCUACAUGGAUGAAUUACUCUACAAAUGAGUCUCCAUGUUCCCAGUGAAGGAAGGCAUGAACAUUCUCCUACAAUGAAAGAGUACAGACGACCAUCUUUGUCCGUUAUCGACGAGACUAACAACAAUGAAGAGGAGAAUUUUCUUGUGUUGCCAUCGAUUACUGUUACAAAUUGCGAGGAUUCACUUCAAGCAAGUGAUGAUAAUGACGAAGUGUCCUCCGUGACGUCAUCAAGGAGCGGAAGUGAAACAGAUUUAGCGCAUCUGAAAGUAACUGCCAAUAGACUUCGAUUAGCAACACGAAGGUCAAGCAUUGUGGAAUGGAAAGAACGGUAUCUUGAAAAGCCUCGGAGAAGGUCAAAACCAGACCUAAAAGUAGAUUUUGAUCAAAAUGGUAAUGAUGUGUUGACAGAGGAUAGGAAACAUAGGAUUAAUGAAGCCUUGAUAUGGAUCAAGGAAGAAUUGCAAGCCAUGAGAUCGCAGGACCAAGCACUAGCUAGAAAACUUCUAUCAUUGCGUCAGGACAUUCACCAACUGAAACUAAAUCGAAGUUGUCAGGAACACAGAGAGAUGCUUGAUGACGUCACUAAAGACAUGGAGGAAAUGCAACAACUGAAAGACAUAAGCGACCUCCAUGUGGAUACUGUGGAAAAUCCACUGAAACAUUUAGGUGUUACCUCUUACAAUUUAACUGCCAGACGUUUUUCAACAUGUUGAGAUAAUUCUUUUGUUACAUGUAUAUUGGAUAUGAGUUGUUGCUUUAUUUUGCGAAGAUUUGUCAAUGUAAUGUUUUUAGUAAAUGGGACAACUGCAAUAAUAAUGAAUAUAUAUACAAAUUGUCUUUUUUUAUUAUUCGAAAUUGAUUGUACAUAAGUAAAUUAAAAUGUUUAACGUCCUUUACUGAAAUACUGAUAUCGAUUAUGUUGAAAUUGUAAGAAUGUUUGCAGCAUUUUGUGAUUGUAAUGCCAUUUGAUACGUCAUUCUUACAAGCAAAAACAUUGUUAUUCGUAACAAUAAACACGUUUCAAAAAUAAAACACUUGGUGGGAUUAAACUGUCCUUUCAUGUAGUACUUAA